AUGACUGCAGCCAAACUAGCAAGCACUCCAAUGGAUGUAAAUGUCAAGUUGACAUCCAAACAGUAUGAUGAACAUGUGAACAAGAGUCAAGAGGAAUCAGAUGAUCCCCUGACAAAUCAAUCAGCAUAUCAAAGGCUUAUAGGUAAGCUACUAUAUCUCAAUAUGACAAGGCCAGAUAUAUUCUUUAGCACUCAGACAUUGAGUCAAUUCCUAAAUCAACCAAAAAAUUCUCACAUGGAUGCUGCACUAAGAGUAGUCAGGUAUCUAAAGAGACAACCUGGACAGGGCAUACUACUCUCAAGCCACUCAGACAACCAGGUUAGUGGUUAUUGUGAUGCAGAUUGGGCUGCUUGCCCUCUAAUCAGAAAAUCAGUCACUGGAUACAUGAUAAAGAUUGGAGAGUCAGUGAUAUCAUGGAAGGCCAAGAAGCAGUCCACAGUGUCAAGAAGAUCAGCUGAAUCUGAAUACAGAAGCAUGGCCUCAACUGUGUCAGAGUUAGUUUGGCUGCUAGGAUUGUUGAAAGAAGUAGAAGCUGAAGUAGAGAUGCCAGUGCAGGUGUAUAAUGAUAGCAAAGCUGCAAUCUAG